CAACACCGCGAACACCGCACGAUCUGCCAUUUUCUCCGAGGAGAUGGCGCCGCGAGGCGGGCGAUCGGUUUCGACUCAAGUCGUUAGAAACCGGAUGAAAAGUGUCAAGAACAUUCAGAAGAUCACGAAGGCGAUGAAAAUGGUCGCAGCGUCGAAGCUACGAUCAGCUCAACAAAGAGUCGAAAAUUCGCGCGGCCUGUGGCAGCCGUUUACUGCACUUCUCGGAGAUACUCCACGUAUUGAUGUGAAAAAGAAUGUUAUAGUCGCCGUUACCUCGGACAAGGGCCUCUGCGGAAGCAUCCAUUCAGCGUCAGUUAACGUCAGCAAAGCUCUUUACAAGUUGAUUUCUGGUUCGGAAAGGGAAACGAAGUAUGUCAUACUAGGAGAAAAGGGUAAGGUUCAAAUGGUUAGUGAUUCGAAGGACGACAUUGCGAUGACUAUAACUGAGCUGCAGCUGCAGAAGACUCCUAUUAAUUUUACGCAGAUCUCUGAAUUGGCGGACAUUAUCUUGAAGAAUGUCGAAUUUGAUGCUAUAAGAAUUGUUUUCAACAAGUUCCGUCAUGUAGUCAUACAUUGGCCGACGGUUGCAACGAUAUUAUCCCCUGAGGUCGUGGAGAGAGAAUCGGAAGCAGGAGGAAUGCUCGGGGAUUUGGAUUCAUAUGAGAUUGAAGGAGGGGAGACGAAAUCAGAAGUGCUUCAGAAUCUUGUGGAGUUCCAGUUUGCUUGUGUUCUGUUUAAAGCGAUGCUGGAGAAUGCAUGUAGCGAGUUGGGAGCGCGUAUGUCUGCCAUGGACAACUCCAGUAGAAAUGCUGGCAAAAUGCUCCAUCGCCUUACGCUUACUCAUAACAGGACCCGUCAAGCAUCGAUCACCACGGAGCUCAUUGAGAUCAUAUCAGGAGCCUCUGCUCUUACCGGAUGAACCGCAGAUCGAGCACGCAUGGUGCUUUACUGUGGAAGCUCUCUUUUCCCCUAUUAUGUGGCUUUUUAUGUCGAGUUUGCCUCGUAAGUAUAGCUUCUGUACUUGGAGUUUAUCGAGUUUCAUGGAGAUGUAAAUUAAGAUGAUGCUUUACUUGUAGAUUAAGUGCUUGUUAUA